CACUGGCGGAAUAAAGUCAACAUUCAGUCAGAGGCUUGAUUUAUCGAUUUUGUAUGAUAAAAAUAAAUAUUUAAAAUCUCAGCUGUCAUUCUCCUCCAAACGUACAUCUACAUGCCAACGCGUCACUAAACUCAUUACAGCUAUCGACUUCAGAAUAUCGUGUUUCUUUCUUUCCAGGUCAGACGAUGUUAUCAGAUACCAAUUGCAUUUUUGGUCCGUGCGUGCGAGAUUAUCUCGGAUGAGAAACUUCUCCGACACAGCCGGGUCAUAUCCGUGCUCGCAACACAUCACUUCAUGCUUUUCACAGAGUGUACGCUAGUACUUAGACCUCUGUUCCUUGCUCUAUGUGUAGCCUCGCCUUGCAGGAGCAAGUCUUAAGUCACUGAUUGUCCUAUUGUUACCAAGACUAAACAGGACUGCAAAGCUCACUGAAAAGCUAUAGGCGAAUAAGAUGUGAAUAUCUCCUUCUAAAGGUUCGCAAUGGAAUCUCCCACUAAAAGGAAAGUAUAGUACGUGUACGUGUAUAGGCACUUUCAGCAAACGUCAAUCGGAUACAAAAGGAUUUGAGUCCUGUUUGGUUGAAGGAUUUAACAUGGGCAACAACAAACGGGAUGAUGAGGGAGGCAGUACCGGGACAUUCAGGCGCAGAAUCAGGGCCAUGAAAACACGGUGUAUGUUGUUCGGCCCAUGCCGGAGGAAGACGAUCGUGUUGGCCGUGCUCUGUGGGGUAGGGUUGUACCUCUUGCACGGUAAAGUGUCCCAUUCCAAAGGGAACCCGGAUGGAAGACAACGAAGAUCGGAGGGCGGUAUAUUCGGCUUUCUGGAUGCAUUCCGUGCCGAUGAAUCCGCCGGUAGCGCUAGCAAGCAUCACCCCAGGAUCCACGGGGCAGUCUACAAGGAGGUGACCGGUAACUUCGAGCCUCCCCGGGAACCGAGCCGUCACGGCCUGGGGGAGCACGGCGCCUCGCUCACCCUUGAGGAUUGGGAGAAAGCAGCCGUGGACAAGAGCGUGCGGGAGUACUCGCUCAACUUGUACGGCAGCAGCAAGAUAUCGGUGGACAGGUCGCUGCCCGAUCUGAGGGAUCCACAAUGUAAGCAUUGGCACUACCCCGAGAAUCUACCCCAAGUUAGUGUAGUCAUCACCUUCCAUAAUGAGGGUUGGUCCACGCUGAUACGUACCGUGCACAGCGUCAUCAACAGGAGUCCUCCUUACCUCCUCAAGGAGAUCAUACUGGUCGAUGACUUCAGUACAAAACACUACCUUGCGAAGCAGCUGGAUGACUACAUCCGUACUCCCAGGCUUCGGGGAGUCGUGAAGCUACACCGUACCCGUCGACGGGAGGGAGUGAUCGGGGCCCGUACCUUGGGCUUCGGCCGAGCCUCGGCUCCGGUCAUUGUCUCCAUGGAUGCCCACUGCGAGGUGGGCACAAACUGGCUGGCACCGCUCCUGUCCGUACUGGCUUCCAAUCGGUCUUAUAUCGCCGUACCGAUAAUCGAUGUGAUCGAUAAUAUGGAUUAUCGGCUGUACCCACAAGGGGACGGCAGGCUGGCCAGGGGAAUGUUUGACUGGAGAAUGGACUACAAACGGGUCCCGGGUCUACCGGACAGAGAGAGGAAAGACCGCCGCUAUAAAACGGAGCCCUACAGGUCUCCAGUGUUUUCAGGGACCGUCUUUGUAAUGUACAAAUCCUACUUCUUCGAACUCGGUGGCUAUGACCCUGGCCUCAAAAUGUACGGCGGUGAAAACUACGAACUUUCAUUCAAGGCCUGGAUGUGUGGAGGAGGUAGCGUUUUAUGGGUGCCAUGCUCCCGCGUCGGUCACAUCUACCGUGUAAACGGCGUCCCUCCGUACUCGUUUCCCAGAGAUACCUUUAGCAACUACAGGGAUAGGAAUUACGCCCGAGUUGCCGAAGUGUGGCUCGACGACUACAAAGACUACUUGUACGCCAGCAGGCCUCACAUGAGGGCGCCCUCGUUCAACAUCGGCGACGUCGGCCGACAGGCCACGUUUCGGCGGGAAAAGAAAUGCCAUAAUUUCGGCUGGUUUCUGAAGGAGGUUGCCUACGAUCUGUUGAGUCACUUCCCUCAUCCGCCAAAACUCGUGAUGACAGGAGAGGUUCGUGCGCUUGACACGGAGUUUUGUUUAGACACCAUGAACCAGGUACCUGUGGGUGAAGGCGUCGAGCUUACUAUGUAUAAAUGCCAUGGCUCUGGCGGUAAUCAGUUUUUCCGUCUGACCACCGCUGGUGAUAUUCGAGUCAAUGAGUUUUGCUUGGGCCAGCGAGAACAGAGCGUGAUGAUCACGGCGUGUGACAGUCCUCACGUUAUCAGGGAUUGGCAGCACAGCCAGGAGAAGAGCAUCCUGUGGAGCAGAAGACAGAACAGAUGCCUGGAACGCUCUGGUCUGAAGAUACUGCUGUCUGCGUGCCGUAAGAACUUUGACCCCCAACUAUGGACGUUUGACGACCCCUUCUUAUUGGACACCUUACAAGUAGCCUGAUCUCCACUUUGUGCAAAUGUAUUGUUUGGCUGCUGUUGCAAAGGAAACAUAUUUACUUUGCAUCUUUAUAUUUGAUUGAAAAAGCUUGUUUCCGUUUGUUUGUGAAGCAUGGUGGAAGCCACGAAACCUGAUGAAGUGUCCUGGAGUUUUAUCUUAAUGCAUUUAUCAGUAUAUUUUGGCACAAUUGGAAUUGGGAAAGUCCGACUACACAUCUUUUAUCCGGUAUAUAAUGACCUCGUCCGUAAAGAUGUCAAGAGCGUUUUUACAACGCCUGAAUAAAUCCCCGUCAUCUGAUUGGUGGAUUGUUGAUCACGUGUACUUGAAUUAUUCGUCCCACCCAACGCACGGCGUGGCAACAACGUAAAAUUAGAAGGUCCAUUCCACGGUAAAUAGAACUUCCAUUGCACGGUCACGUCACACUAUUGGUUGUGCAAAACACAACUCAUGAUGGCCCUGAUGCCGUGAGUUUGUAAGUGUGGUAUGACGAGGGUUUAUUCAUUCGUUUUAUAAAAACAAAUAAUGAAUGUUUCAUAAUCGUGCAACGGAAAGAAUAGUUUCCUUCGGUGACG